CUCGAGCAAGCGAGCGAGAUCGAGCGAUCGAGCACGCGGUAAUUACGCAGCGACGGCCGCGCGAAACGCGGCGUUUUAAAUGCGGCGACACGUAACCUCGUCACGCCAUGUCACGCUACGCAAAUAUGAAAUCAAUUUACGGGCGAUCGUUUAAAUAGCACCGCGUCGAGCGGGCACGGGUCGGAUUGAUCGCGAUUUCGGACGGGCGUGCACGACCGCGAGACCAAACGUUCGCACCGUGCUCGGCGUGCGUCGAGCCAGCGUGAGGAAAGAUGAUGUGCGACAAGUGUGUCAUCGGUUACUGGGUGCCCGAGAAGAAGCGGCAGAAAUUCAACUGGACCGAUUUCGAGAACGCGUGCGAGUCCGAGGGAUUCCAGCUGAAGAUGAUCGACGUGAACUCGAGCCUUGAGAAGCAGGGACCACUACACGUUUUCCUACACAAGCUGACGGACACGCAAUCGCAUGCGGAAAGUGGCGAUAAAAAUGCAGAAGAUAUUGUUUCACGGCUUCAGGAAUACAUCGCCAAACACCCGGAUCUCAUUGUCAUCGAUCCCUUGGACAAUAUUAGGAACUUACGUAAUCGAUGUGAAUCUUAUGAAUUUAUGCAAGAAGGUAUUCGGCUUAAAGACGUAUUUACUCCCAAUUUUGUAGAAAUCAAGAGCAGAAAUCUUCACGAGGCAGCGUCGACGUUGAAAAGGCGCGGCAUUAAGUAUCCAUUCGUUUGUAAGCCGCUGAUCGCGUACGGCUCGAGUAAUGCGCACAAGAUGAUGAUCAUCUUCAACGAAAGGGGCUUGAAAGACUGUCAGCUACCGUGCGUCGCCCAGGACUUCAUCAACCACAACGCCAUUUUGUACAAGGUGUUCGUCGUGGGCGAGCGUUUCCACGUGGUCGAGCGUCCGAGCCUGAAGAACUUUUACCAAGAAGACUGUAACUCACUAAGUACAAUAUUCUUCAAUUCGCACGAUAUAUCGAAGAGCGGGAGUAAAUCUAAGUGGUCUAUCCUUUCCGAAGAAGACAUUCCGUUGACCGUCAAGCCGAAUCACCAGACAUUCGAGAUGAUCGUGAAGAAUAUCCAAGGGAUAUUCGGGCUCGUGCUAGUUGGCAUCGACGUCGUCAUCGAGAAUCAUACCGGGAAGUACGCGAUAAUAGACGUCAACGUGUUCCCCGGCUACGACGGUUACCCGAAUUUUUUCGAACAUUUAAUAGAUAGCAUUAGGAAAUUAUUGUUAGAACAAAGAGCUUGCAGACAAAACUCCAAGGGCUGUACGUUGAAGAAGUGUCAGAGCGACGAUCUAGAUUCCGGCUUCGAGAGCGACGAGAAGAGGAAAUGUUCCACAAAGUAGACGCGUAACGUGCAUAAUCAAUUAAUUUCCGAUGGAAUUAAGCCGUUAGAAUUAAUUGCGGUUACCGAUAUCUCUUAUCGCGUCACUUCUUUAUUUCUGAAAAAAAAACAAUGAUAAAAUCUCGGCUCUCGGUUUUGCGAAAUGAAAUUCUAUCGAGCAUGAUUUCGUCUUUAGGGUUCUUCGUAUUGAAUCACGUUCGGGAUUUAUUUAUUCGUUUAAUUCGCGGUAUGGAGUGUGUGCAUUUAAUCGUUCACACGAACUCGAGUCUCGUAUUUCGUAUUUUCUAAUGCAAAUUCCGCAGAGUACAAUAUAUAAUGACUAUGACUGCCAGAGAAGAUAUUUUGAACGUUUUACGUGUAUACAAUUUUGCAUUUCUGCAUCGACGUUAUUAUACACGCCUGUGUGUGUGAACGGCGUUGAGGAUAUUAAAUAUACAUCGUGGAAGGGAUGAUAUACGCGCGCGACAUACGGAACGGGUGCAGGAUACAGGAACAAUCGGAGUAGUGGUGACGGUACAGUGAGUCGACGACCUCUCUUCCAAUAUUUUCGAAUGAUCGAAGUAAUAGUGAGCUGUUAUUUUUUUAUGUUUUUUAUUACGAGUAUUAAUUUUAUCAUUGGAAAAUAUUGCAACAUCACUGCUAUUAAACCGAUUGAUUCCAAGUAUUAGCGAUAGGUUUGGCGAUCUUGUAAAAUAUAUAUAGAAAAUAUAUACAUAUAUUUUAUUCAGUUACUUUGUAUAAUAUGGAAUCUGAUAUUAAUCAUUUACUUAUUUAUAUGUACAUAUAUUUUAUAUAAAUAAAUUGUACAGAAGCAAAAAAA